CAUUUUUAAAUACUUGUUUUCUGAAUGGAGCUCAGAUCGAUCGGUGCUAAGCUAACAUUGUAGCAGCUCCAUCAACAGUCAACAUAACGUCAUCGAGGCUUAAAUACGGCAGCAUCUAUUCAUUGUUUGUACCGCCUGGUUUGUACACAUUUACACACAUGUAUACUCAUCGUUUGGUCUCUACUGAUAUGAGGUAUCGUAGAGCUCUGAAUACAUCAUGGUGUCACUGAUGGAGGAGCAUCUCAACGCUGAUUGGCUAUCGCGCCGCAGUGUCACAACAUUUUUUGCCGAUGUUGAAGAAUUUCAACUCGCCAUCACCAAUUUGCGUCCCUCCAGUCUCAUCGCGUCUCUGAGUAGACUUUGUAAUCUCUGGUGUGAACGCAGCGUUACCUUUCUGUAAUACUGUGAACAUUCAGACGAGAGGUUAAAGUGCCACAGAGACUUUUAUCUCCUCACAGAUUUGUCGUGAUGUCAGUGAAGGCAUCGCUUCAGUCUGCUGGGUGUUACUGCCCUUCGCUCCAUCUCCUCAGGCUUCAACCUCAUUUUAACUUUGUUGGCUUGUUGUGAAUUUUUCUUUCUGCUGCUUCUAACACGCUGUCUUCUCUUCACAGCAGUGUCCACCAAGAUCUAACAGCUGGUACGAAGGUAGGAACCUCUUCCUCUUUCUCCUCCUCUUCAGCUCUCUCUAACAUAAGAGUCCAUCACCUUUGUAUAGUUUUUGUUGUGUUCAAGGACCCUCAGACGUCAGAGCUUAAUUAAUCAAUUAGUUAAUGGACAGAAAAUCAAUCGGUAACACGUUUGAUUAAUGAUCAGCUGUUGGAGGCGUGUCUUGAUUGAUUGAUCAGCUGUUGGAGGCGUGUCUUGAUUGAUUGAUCAGCUGUUGGAGGCGUGUCUUGAUUGAUUGAUCAGCUGUUGGAGGCGUGUCUUGAUUGAUUGAUCAGCUGUUGGAGGCGUGUCUUGUUUACAUUGAUCAGCUGUUGGAGGUGUGUCUUGUUUACAUUGAUCAGAUGUUGGAGGCGUGUCUUGUCUACAUUGAUCAGAUGUUGGAGGUGUGUCUUGUUUACAUUGAUCAGAUGUUGGAGGCGUGUCUUGUUUACAUUGACCAGCUGUAGGAGGCGUGUCUUGAUUGAUUGACCAGCUGUAGGAGGCGUGUCUUGAUUGAUUGACCAGCUGUAGGAGGCGUGUCUUGGUUACAUUGAUCAGAUGCUGGAGGCGUGUCUUGGUUACAUUGGGGGGGGGAGAGGGUGACUGAGGAUCCUGUCACCUGAAACAACACAGACUGGAUCCUGUUAAAGGAACAGUUCAGAGUUCAUGUUUCCUCAGGAACAUCUGGAGCAGAUGUUCUCCUCAGAGGUGUGAAGACUUUGACUUAUUGAGAUAUUUAAGAGCUGAGUUGUGUUCAUCACAGUUAGUAAAGACGAUGAUGAUGGUCUCCAGCUGGACUAAAGGGGGGGAUGGGGUCUGUGGUUGGUCCUUUAAACUAGAGAGCAGCAGACUGUCUGUCCUCUGUGAGACAGACCCGGUCAGCAGCUGUCAGACAGCAGGUCCAGGUCCAGAGGAGACCAGGUCUCAGGUUUCUGCUCUUUUAUUCAUGAGAGGAGCUGUAAGAAGAUCUGAGCUGCUUUUGUUCAGGAACACAAAGACACCAGCUGAUGUUUGGUCGGUCCGAUCAUCACGUUGUCCAAUCAGCUUCUAGUCCAGAACCAGAAUCGCAGAAAGACAUUUAUUUAGUAUCCCAGGAGAUCAGGACCCAAACCUUCAUCUCUAGGGUCUACUGGCUCAUUUCUAUGACAAAACUAAAGCAAUUAAUGUUCAAUAAAAACACUGAAAUCCACCCCGGAGCCCAUCACUCAUUCUCACCUCAUCGUUACAAUGAGAUUCACAGGAGGCUUUUAUUGUGAAAUUCUUAUUUGUCAGUGUUGGUGUUUAUUUUGCACCUUUUUAAAUGCUGCAGUGAGAAACGGUAGAAGAAGAACUCUGUCUGCAGAAUAAGGCUCUUUGUCCACAUCUGGUUUUCAUUGAGCUCCACAGGAAGUGCCCCCCCCAUGUUUGAGCAAGCUCAUGGUGACUGUUUAAAGGACAUGUUGCUCUCUACUGCCCUCUGGUGGCCGCAGGGCUUCCUGUUUUAGUUCUUUGUAUGACAAAUGAAAGAACUUGUGAAGGACAUUCUUCACUGUUCUGUUUGAUAGACUGCUGUCCUUUUGUUUCCUGACACGUCUUCUGAUUAAAGUCUAAAUCACAUGUUAAUAACUGACAGAGGAGAUCAAACUGUUGUGUUUCAGAGAGGAUCUGAAGAGGUUUUCCCCAGCGUCUCCAACGGCCCGUAUAUCAUGAGCACCACAGCCAAUGGAAACGACAGUAAGAAGUUCAAAGGUGACAUAAGAGGUCCCGGGGUUCCAUCCAGGGUCAUCCACAUCCGCAAGCUCCCCAACGACAUCGCAGAGGCCGAGGUGAUCAGCCUCGGCCUGCCAUUCGGAGACAUCACCAACCUGCUGAUGCUCAAAGCCAAAAACCAGGCCUUCCUGGAGAUGAACUCAGAGGAAGCAGCUCAGAACAUGGUGGGUUAUUACUCCACAGUGAUGCCCAUCAUCAGGAACCAUCUGGUCUACGUUCAGUUCUCCAACCACAAGGAGCUCAAGACCGACAACUCCCCCAACCAGGAGAGGGCCCAGGCAGCUCUUCGGGCCCUCACCACGUCUCAUGUGGACCCGACUAUGGGGGCUCCGAGCACCGUGCUGAGGGUCGUGGUGGAGAACCUGGUCUACCCAGUCACCUUGGACGCGCUCUGCCAGAUCUUCUCAAAGUUUGGCACGGUUCUGAGGAUCAUCGUCUUCACUAAGAACAGUCAGUUCCAGGCUCUGCUGCAGUAUGCUGACGGAGUGUCCGCCCAGUCAGCUAAACUGUCUCUGGAGGGUCAGAACAUCUACAACGGCUGCUGCACUCUGAGGAUCAGCUUCUCCAAACUCACCAGCCUCAACGUCAAGUACAACAACGAGAAGAGCCGAGACUUCACCAGACCGGACCUGCCCACCGGAGACAGCCAGCCCACCAUGGAGCACCCAGCCAUGGCCACCGCCUUCACUCCAGGUAUCAUCUCAGCUGGUCCGUACGGUGGAGCGACUCACAGCUUCCCACCAACCUUCACCCUCCAACCUGCUAUGUCCUCCCACUACCCAGGCCUGGUCCCCGCUCUGCCCGGGGCCCUGGCCUCUCUGGCCCUCCCCGGGGCCUCCAGACUGGGGUUCCACCACCACCUCUCAUCUGGAGUCUCUGUCCUGCUGGUCAGCAACCUGAACCCUGAGAGAGUCACGCCCCUCUGCCUCUUUGUUCUCUUCGGUACGUUGUCACUCGCUUUUUAUUUUGAAAUUCAGUCACUUGUUUGUUUUGAUUUUAACUUCCUGUUUUUAGAGUUUUAUUUUGUCACAUUCUGUGUUUUGAGCUUAUUCACAAUAUCUAAUUAUUAAUAAAAGUUUAGUCUUCAGGGCUGUUGAGGCCCAAACCUGAGGAAAAAAGACACUUUGUUACAGAUUAAAAUGUUAACAAAAAUAAGAGGUAUAAAUAAAUA